CCUCGGCCCGGGGUCCCCCCCGCCCUCGGCCCGGCCCGCGGCCCCAUGCAGCCCCCCAGGGUGCCCGGCGCUGCCUGGCGGCGAGGAGCAGGGAGAUGAGCGGGGCCGGGGGGCACCCUUGGGUGCUCUGAGAGCCACCGCCGUGACAGCACCCGUCCCGGGACCACGACCCGGGGCUGGCGGCAGGCGUAGGGCGGGUGAAGAUGUGAGCCCCUGGCAAUGCCCGGCUGCCCUGCGUUGGCCGCCCCAAGGAUGGGCGAUGGGCCGGUGAGCGCCGGUGCGGCGGCACAGGAUGGAGCCCUCCCUGCCCGCCCCGUGGGCCUGGAACGGCUCUAGGGCGGCGCGGGGGCUCCAGCCCUCCCCAGGCCCCAUGCCCCCCAACGGCACAGCUGACGGCAAACCCAAAGACGUGGCCUCUAAAUCGGUGGGGCUCUUCUUCAUGCUGCUCAUCGACCUGACGGCCAUCGUGGGCAACGCCGCCGUCAUGACCGUCAUCGUGAAGACGCCGGCGUUGCGCAAGUUCGUCUUCGUCUUCCACCUCUGCCUGGUGGACUUCUUGGCCGCCCUCACGCUGAUGCCGCUGGAGAUGCUCUCCGGUUCGGCCGUUUUCGACAGCCCGGUUUUCGGCGAGGCCAUGUGCCGCGUUUACCUGUUCCUCAGCGUCUGCUUCAUCAGCAUGUGCAUCCUCUCCAUCUCCACCAUCAAUGUGGAACGUUACUACUACGUGGUGCACCCCAUGCGCUACGAGGUGAGGAUGACGGUGGGGCUGGUGGCCUGCGUCCUCGUCGGCGUCUGGCUCAAAGCCGUGGCCACCUCCCUCGUCCCCGUGCUGGGCUGGUUGUCACCCGACCGACCGCCGGUGCCCGCCGGCCGUGGCUGCUCUUUGCAAUGGAGCCGCGGUCCCUACUGCAAGUUCUUCGUGGUCUUCUUUGCCGCCUUCUACUUCCUCCUGCCCCUCCUCAUCAUCGUGGUGGUCUACUGCAGCAUGUUCAAGGUGGCGCGGGUGGCCGCCAUGCACCACGGCCCCCUCCCCACCUGGAUGGAGACGCCACGACGUCGCUCCGAGUCGCUCAGCAGCCGUUCCACCAUGGUCACCACCUCGGGAGCCCCUCGUACCACACCGCAGAGGACGUUCGGGGGGGGCAAAGCGGCUGCCAUCUUGCUGGCCGUGGGGGGCCAAUUCCUCUUCUGCUGGUUGCCCUACUUCUCCUUCCACCUCUACACCGCCCUGAGCGCCCAACCCUUGGUGGGGCCGGCGGCCGAGACCGUGGUCACUUGGCUCGGUUACUUCUGCUUUACCUCCAACCCCUUCUUCUAUGGGUGCCUCAACCGCCAGAUCCGGGGCGAGCUGGGACGGCUCCUCACUUGUUUCUUCAAGCAGCCGCCGGAGGAGGACCUGCGGCUGCCCAGCCGGGAGGGCUCCAUCGAGGAGAACUUCCUCCAGUUUCUCCAGGGCACCGGUUGUCCCACCGAGCCCCGGCCCCGCACCCCCAGCCCCAAGCGGGACCAACCCCCUGUCGAUUUUCGCAUCCCGGGGCAGAUAGAUGAGGACACGGUGGAGGGGACGGAGCGGCGUGGCGGGGAUGGGGUCUACGUGCCGGUGGUCGCCUCUCCCAAACCGGAGCUGUAGC